AUGGCGAAAACAAUCUCUCCUAUAACUCUCUUUUUGUUCCUACUCUUGUCAUCACUAUCUCUAACCCUAGCAACAGAUUAUCCAUUAUCCACAAAGUCACGAUGGAUAGUAAACAACAAGGGCCAACGCGUCAAGCUUGCUUGCACGAACUGGCCUUCGCACCUUAAGCCAGUGGUGGCCGAGGGGCUGAGCAGCCAGCCAAUAGAUUAUAUAUCGAAGAAGAUAAAAGACAUGGGUUUCAACUGCGUUAGGCUCACUUGGCCACUUGAGUUAAUGAUUAAUGACACUUUAGCCUUCAAUGUUACCGUCAAACAAUCAUUUGAGAGAUAUGGAUUGGAUCAUGAGCUUCAAGGGAUCUACGCUCACAAUCCAUCCAUUGUCAACAUUCCCCUCAUCAAUGUCUUUCAGGCGGUGGUAUAUAGUCUUGGAAGGCAUGAUCUGAUGGUAAUACUUGACAACCAUAAGACCGUACCGGGGUGGUGUUGCAGCAACGAUGACCCGGACGCGUUCUUCAACGACCCAAAAUUCAACCCGGAUCUAUGGAUGCUAGGUCUUAAGAAGAUGGCCACAAUUUUUUUGAACGUAAACAAUGUUGUCGGUAUGAGCCUGAGGAAUGAGCUUAGAGGCUACAAUCAUACAGCAAAAGAUUGGUACAAAUACAUGCAGAAAGGAGCAGAGGCAGUGCAUACAUCAAACCCUAACGUCCUGGUCAUACUCUCGGGGCUCAGCUUCGACGCUGACCUAAGUUUCUUAAAAGAUCGUCCAGUUAGUCUUAGCUUCAAGAAAAAACUUGUCUUGGAGCUUCAUUGGUAUGCUUUCACCGACGGUACUGGUCAAUGGAAGUCACACAAUGUCAAUGACUUUUGUAGCCAAAUGUUCGCUAAAGAGCGUCGUACUGGCGGUUUUGUUCUCGAACAAGGCUUUCCUUUGUUCUUAAGUGAGUUUGGGACAGAUCAAAGAGGUGGCGAUUUUGAAGGAAACAGGUACAUGAGUUGUAUGUUGGCAUGGGCGGCUGAGAAAGAUAUGGAUUGGGCGGUUUGGGCGCUUACAGGAGUUUAUUAUUUCCGUGAAGGCAAACGCGGUGUAGUCGAAGCUUACGGUAUGUUAGAUGCGAACUGGCACAAUGUUCAUAACUCUACUUAUCUCCGUAGGCUCUCCGUCAUUCAACCACCGCACAAAGGACCCGGUAUAAGGCGCAAUCAUCACAAGAAAAUAUUCCAUCCGUUAACCGGACUCUGCCUAGUGAGAAAGUCACCGUGCCAUGACUCUGAGCUCACGUUAGGUCCAUGCACAAAGGAUGAACCGUGGAGCUAUUCUCAUGGAGGCACACUUGAGAUCAAAGGUGGUCACAAAUCCUGCUUAGAAGGAGAAACGGCGGUAGGAAAAAGCGUGAAACUCGGCAAGAGAUGCACAAAGGUUAAGCAAAUAUCGGCCACAAAGAUGCAUUUGUCGUUUGAGACUGAUGAGGGUUCGUUGGUAUGCUUAGACGUGGAUUCGGAUAACAAUGUUAUUGCUAAUUCAUGCAAGUGUUUGACCGGAGAUGUUAGUUGUGAACCUGCAAGCCAAUGGUUCAAAAUCUUCUGA